UAAAAUGAAAAAGCAAAAAGAAGUGGCCAAAGAAGGGGUUAUGCUCAUAAGUGAGAAGAAAACUGUUACUUUACCUGUAUUUAAAAAGAAAAAAACAACAAAAAGAAUUCAUAAAGAUGAGCCGGAGAAAGCAAAGAAUGGAAAGCUGAAGAAAAAACAGGCUGAACCCGAAAAAGUGAAGACCACUGCGAGCACAGCUGCAGCAGACAUCCCUUCACCACAGAUAAAGGAAGACGUUCUACUUCUACUGAAAGGUCACAAACAGCCUCAACUGAAAGUUUACAAGUUAGACCCUUCCAAAGCAUCAGGCCAGACACAGGCUUCCCCUCAUGAUCCCCAAACUAUUCCCCAAGAGAGUCAAGCGAACAAACUCAAACACUCAGCCAGUGACUCUACAAAUAAUCUUCCAGCGGAAGGUAAGAAUAGAGGAGGACCCAAAAAGAAAGCUUUUUCGUUGUUGUCCUCAUUACAAGUUUCUCAUGAAACACCUGAGACGCUGGUAAAACCAAAAAUUACAAGGAAACGUAAAGCCUCGUCCAACGUGGAGACUGAAGGAGUCAUAACUUCCAAUUCCAAGCGUGCCUUAGAGUGUCAGGAGUGUGGUCAAAGAUUUAGCGACGUCUCGUCCCUCCAGAAGCACAAGACCGUUCAUAUCGUUGAGAGUCCUGGUCUCACCUACACCAACGGCAACGUCUUUGAAGGCGUCUCCGGGUUAAAUCUUUACCAGCUUCCAAAACAGCCCGAUGAGGUUGCUGGAGCGAUGAAUGCCGCUUCAGACUGGGACACCGAGUCCGAGCUUGCAGAGAUGGCCUCAGAGGGGAGAGAGCGAAGCGUCUCCUUUCCGGCUUUGGUUCCAUCCCCGUCUUUACCGGUUUCUCCUUCAGAUAUUGAAGUUGGUGCCUAUGAAAAUAAGGCUGACGGUAAAAGUGAAACUGAUUUUCCAUCCAACACUUUCCCUCAACUUCAAUCCCCAUCUGAUCAAAGGGAAAACAGUGAGACCGGUGUGAAUUUCCCAUGUGAGCCCCCUUUAAGUACCUCCACUCAGACAAAGAGUUUGGAUGCAGGAGAGCCUUUGGCGUCGGAUGCGGACAAGCAACAAGAAGGUCCUGCAAGGAGUCCUAGCUCUAAGUCUAAAGAUCAAUUUACCACAGAGGAAGAUAUUAAGGAGGAUUUACUUCUCGAGGUAGAUUUAAUCACUGUUGGGGAGCAGAAUGAGAGAGAUGAACCAACAUCUCAUGAAGACGUUCUUCCCCCAAAUAAAUCAAGUGGAACUUGCAAUUCCACGGGUGAAAACACUGUCGAACUGCCAGGGCAAGCUGCUAAUGACACCCCAAAGGACCUAACUUCACAGACUGUAUCAUGCUCCACUCAUCAUGUGGAAAUCAAAGACGAGGAGCAAGAACUGUUGGUCCACAAUAAAGAAGAAGCAGGGACAUGUACUUUUUCAAUGAAUGCUCAAAGUAGGAGAAGAGGAACGGGGCGUCUGAAACAAGGUGUGACAUCUAAAAGAGCUUCAGUUGGGGGCAUUAUCAGAGGAACGGAAUCAGCGAAAGAACAGGACGAAUGCCGGCUAAUUUACGAAGAAUGUCCCAUCAGCUCUGAUUCAGAAAUGAAUGACGAAGGCGAGGCUGGCCCAGAUGCUCCACAGACGGAGAUCAGUCUUAAGACCAACCAAAAUACUGCUCCAACUGAAUCAAUGCCCCAAGAAAAAGUUGUUCCUGAGUUAGUGUCUGCUACCACUGGUGUUAUGGGGGUAAUGCAUCUGAGAGGACUCCAGGGACGCGAGGACAGCGAGUCCGACCAGUCUCCAGACAUUAUACUUGAGAAGAUCCUCACCCCUGCCGAGAAGGAGCCGUGCCCGAUGACGGAUGGGAACAAUCACAGUCAUGGUUUGGACAGCACUGCUGAGAAUGAAAGCUGUGGCAGCCCCCAGGAGAUCAAGGUAGAAGAGAGCGUCUCAGAUCCACCACUGGUGGAGCCCACCUGUCAAAACCGACAGAGUGCGAGUGUGCAGCCACAGCACCAUCGUGAUAUAAGGACUGUUCUGGUGAAGGAGGAGAGCAGCCUCGUGCUGCACGAGGCCCAGGCCGCGCAAGGCAGCAAACGCAUCCGAUGGAAUGUGGAGCCGGUCGACAUUGUAAACUCCCCCAGUCCAUUGAUGGAGAUUGAAGGGACAGCGAGCGACGACAGUUGCAUCAUCCCAGAGUCCAACACCGACCAGUGUAUCUUCUACCCAGUAAAGGAGGAAGAGAGGGAGGUUCAGACAAACAGUCCGAAUUCAACAACCGGAGCAUCCGUUGAUGCCCAGCAGACUGAACAUCAGGAAACGGAUAGUAAUUCAACUGUGGCGGACACUGAGUGGCAGCGUCCACCAGACAUCAGCGACUUUCUCCUCCAAGGUUCCGAUGAGGAGGACUCGGGUGGUUUUGAAUUGUCUGAUCCUCCGCUUGACACUGAAGCAGAAAUAAUGGCCUAUUUCUGCAAAAACCAAACGAGCAGCAGGGAACAGCCGGAUGAGCUGUCCCAAAAUUUGCCGACCUCAGACCUUGGAGAAGAUAACAGGACCAGAGAGCCCAUUGACUAUUUCUCUAGUUAUUUUGGUUGGGAUACCUGGGUAGAAAUGGCCAGUUGUACAAAUAAGCUUUCCAACAUGACCAAACUUGUUACAGCCAGGGAGGUUGCACAGUUUGUUGGCAUUCACAUAGCAAUGGGAACUUUAAAGUUUCCUAGUCCAAAGCUCUAUUGGGAGGACUUGACCAAGGUGCCCUUGAUUGCUGAAGCCGUGCCACUAUCCCGCUUCCUUGAGCUGUCUCGCGGGUUGAAACUCGCCUCCCCGGAAAAAGAUCCAGUCAACAGUAAUGUUCAGGAAGGAAGACAUGGUGGUAGUGACUUUCAAAAUGCGCUGCAAGGUGAAGCUGUCUCGAGCAGGCCGAGUGACAUUUCUGAACGGACAUCAGAGGAUGCGCCAAAUGACCCGAGCGGUCCGAAAACACAGGCGGAUCCGCUGUGGAAGGCUCAGCAAUUAUUGAGCCGCUUCAAAGCUGGAUGCCAGGCGCUGAGACGAGAGGGGAAUUAUGCAGUGGACCAAUAUCUACUCCCUUUGCCUGGGAAAAUUCAAAAUAAGAAACUGUCUCUCUACUGUACCACAUUAAUUGGAUUUGGAGGUUUUCUUUUACAUGUGGAUCUCGAGUUGGGUCUUUCUGGCAAAGAAGAUGCUGUAGAAAAAAUGGCCCCCAGAGGUAGUAUGGUGUUUCUUUGCAAACAGGAACUCUCCACCCCCACAAUGCUAGAGCGUCUGUUGGCUGCAGGGGUUCACGGCGCAGGAAGGGUCGGAGGAGCCAGAGGACAAAUUGGAGAUGAGUUUGUAAGCUCGGACGGGAAGCUGAUGUUACGCAGAUCGCACUGUGGCUUCAUACUCUCUACCGCAGGAAGUGCCCAGAAGAACACUGCUUCACUCAUUGAGAACUUCGAGAAGGCCCAGAUGUCUGCUCAUCUCAACAGAGAUUUGCGGAACCUUUACUCCAUCCCCCUCACUGCUUCAGCCCCAAGCUGCUGGCCGCAAGCGGUGCUCUGGUACCUAACAGAUCUAGCUUUGGUCAACUCCUGGCUCCUGUACAGACAGGAUCACAGGGCAGUGUCUGCACCUCUGACUUUCAUGUCCUUCAGAUUGGAGGUGUCUAAGGCUUUGAUCCUCCGUAGCGGCUCUGCUGCCCAGGACUCCAUUCCCCCUCGACCACUCAAAGACAGGGCUCACGCCACAAACGAAACCCCCGAUACCAGCCUGGUGCAGGAGAGUCCUUUACCAGACGCAGCCACACGGUACGAUGGUUCGGGCCACUGGCCGGAGCAGCUUGGAGAGGUAGAAGGUGGCAGGUGUCGCUUUGGGGACUGUCAAAGAACAUCUCGCGUCAUGUGCCUUAAGUGUUGUGUCUUUCUUUGUAUCUCACGCAACCACAACUGCUUUUUAAAUUUUCAUAAUCAAGGGAGUUUAGAAAAAGUGUGACAUCCGGAAUUUACCCUUUUUAUUUUCAAAAAAUGUUCUUUCUGAGUUUGAAUGUAAAUGUGCACUUGGUGUAUGAAAACCCAGCUUGUAAAAAGCAUACAGUAUUAUGACCUUUGUCAAAUUUCAACAAUUGCUCAAUUGCCUUUCUCUGGCGGGGGCGUAUUUGUGCAGGAUUAUGUACUGCUGUUUAAAAAAAAAAGGAAAUGCUACAUGAUGCAGCUUAAUAUGUCAUUGACAAAGUGUAAAGGUAUUUGAGCCAUCAGAAAGAAAUGUAAACAAUAUGCAUAGCAAUGCACUUUGUGUUGCAGAUGAUUUUUAUCAAUUAUUGUCCCUUUUUUUUAAAGCUUUUUAAUUGAACUGAAUUUGCAUUCCAUGAGCUUCCUUUUUUCGAUCUGAAUUUAAUUUAAUUUGAAAAAAGUAAAAUAAGAAAAAACAUGCUUUGUUGUUUUCCAUUUUGCACAAUACACCGUUUCAAUGGGAGAUAUUUAGUAUUUCAUCCAACCAUUUGGUAGGUUAAAGGAAGUUAGAGUUAAAAGUCUUGUCAGAAGGAUUACACACUAUGUAUGGACACACUGCAUGAGUAGAGAAAAUCACAAAGAUUAGAGGAACUACAAAUUGACUACACAUACAUACUUCUAUUGAUAUCCGUGUGCACUCAUAUCCCUGAGGUAUAAAACACUACAAAUAUGAUUUUAGAGGACAUUAUAUUAAAAAAAAGUUAUAAAGUUGUAAAUGGACUGCAAAACCUUGAGAUAAGUCCUAAAUUGAUUAGGUGAUUAUUGGAAAAACUGCAAUAAUGUCAUGUCAAGAAGGGUGUAUCGUUUGUACAAUAAGUUGGGUAUAUGACAUGUCAGCUGAGAGAAGAUGACGCUCAGGAUAUAAAAUCUGUGUGGCGUGCGUGUCCGGUGUCCAGGAGGCCACUCCGUCUCUCAUUAUGAUCAGAUGUAUGUCUCGGGAUAAAGAACAUGACGGUCCUUGUACAAUGAGAUCAUUGUGCGUACACGUGUUUAUCAUACCUUAUCCUAGUAUAUAUGUGGAGGCUGGAAAAGAAGACCUCCGAGUAGGCUUGGUGCAUGACUUGUAUGUGUGUCAACUCUGUUUGCAAACAUUAAAUGUCCUGUUUUUGAUCAUUUUA